UCUCCAAUACAUCUCUGAUAAAAGCUUCCGUCUCGUCUUUUUCCACCCUUCUUUUUCCCAUUAUUACUCUUCCACCACAUCUCUCUUCUUCUUCUUCUUCUUCUUCUUCUUCUUCUUUAGUUUUCUGAAAUCGGUUGGAAUAACCGUGCAGGCAUUGUUGAAGAAUUUGCCAAAUAUGAGAGUGAAAUGAAAGUGUGAAGCUUUUUUUUUUGCUUAGGAUUUUACAAGUUUUCGCCAUGGGAGCUUGCACCUCAAAAUCUAACAAGCCCAAUCCUUAUACACUCCGCGAAACCCUAGAAGCGCCGCAAGUUCCCGAAACUCCUGCCAACAACGCCGCCGCAGCUGCCGACGCGGGGAAGAAGUCUCCCUUCUUUCCGUUCUACAGUCCCAGCCCCGCGCACUAUUUAUUUUCUAAGAAAUCUCCGGCGAAGACCGCGAAGAGCGCUGGCUCUACGCCCGGGAGGUUGUUCAAGCGGCCUUUCCCGCCGCCGUCGCCGGCGAAGCAUAUUAAGUCGUUGCUUUUGCGGCGGCAUGGGAGUGUGAAGCCGAACGCGGCGGCGAUCCCCGAGGGCGAGGAGGCGGAAGGAGCGGAUUUGGACAAGAGUUUUGGAUUCUCAAAACAGUUUACUAGUCGGUACGAGAUCGGGGAGGAAGUUGGGCGAGGGCAUUUUGGUUAUACUUCCUCUGCUACGGGUAAAAAGGGUGAACUUAAGGGUCAACGAGUCGCUGUGAAGGUCAUCCCUAAGUCCAAGAUGACAACAGCUAUUGCAAUUGAGGACGUGAGGAGGGAAGUAAAAAUAUUGCGAGCCUUGACAGGACAUAGCAAUCUUGUGCGGUUUUAUGAAGCAUUUGAAGAUCAAGACAACGUCUAUAUCGUAAUGGAGUUGUGCCUUGGUGGAGAGCUCCUAGAUAGGAUACUUGCAAGGGGUGGAAAAUACUCUGAAGAUGAUGCAAGGGCCGUUAUGAUACAAAUAUUAAAUGUUGUUGCAUUUUGUCAUUCACAAGGUGUGGUGCACCGUGAUCUUAAACCUGAGAAUUUUCUGUUUUCUUCCAAGGAUGAAAGUUCGCAGUUGAAAGCUAUAGAUUUUGGUUUAUCAGAUUUUGUCAGGCCGGAUGAAAAGCUUAAUGAUAUUGUUGGCAGUGCCUACUAUGUUGCACCCGAAGUUCUACAGAGAUCAUAUGGUACAGAGGCUGAUGUAUGGAGUGUAGGCGUGAUAGCAUACAUUCUUUUAUGUGGUAGUCGUCCAUUUUGGGCCCGAACUGAAUCUGGAAUAUUUCGAGCAGUCCUAAAGACUGACCCCAGUUUUGAUGAAGGGCCUUGGCCUUCAUUAUCUUCAGAGGCUAAAGACUUUGUCAAGCGGCUGCUAAAUAAGGAUCCCCGCAAAAGAAUGUCAGCUGCUCAAGCGUUAUGUCAUCCUUGGAUCCGGAAUCACAGUGAUGUGAAAGUGCCCCUCGAUAUUCUCGUGUUCAAACUCAUGAAGAGCUAUAUGCGAUCUUCAUCUUUGCGUAAGGCUGCAAUGAGGGCAUUGUCUAAAACAUUAACAGAAGAUGAGCUAUUCUAUCUGAGGGAGCAAUUUGCUUUAUUGGAGCCAGACAAAAAUGGCAGUAUAAAAUUGGAUAAUGUUAAAACAGCUAUGAUGAAAAUUGCCACGAACGCUAUGAAGGAAUCGCGUGUACCUGAUUUUCUUGCUGCGCUAAAUGCGCUUCAAUACAGAAGAAUGGAAUUUGAAGAAUUCUGUGCAGCAGCACUUAGUGUCCAUCAGUUAGAGGCUCUCGAACGCUGGGAGCAACAUGCUCGCUGUGCAUAUGAAAUUUUCGAGAAAGAUGGAAACAGGGCGAUUAUGAUUGAAGAACUAGCAUCGGAACUUGGGCUAAGUCCUUCGGUGCCAGUUCACGCCGUUCUCCAGGACUGGAUAAGGCAUACUGAUGGAAAGCUAAGUUUCCUUGGAUUUGUCAAACUGUUGCAUGGUCCCUCCACCAGAACACUUGUCAAAGUGCAGUAAAGCAGUUGAAGCAUGCAUGCUUCAAAAAGGAAUGAACUCACUCCCACCCACAGUUGAGAUAACAGAGUUUUGAUCAAGUUGAUUAUAUAUUGUUUACUCUUAACCGCGGGAUUCUUAGAACAUAAUAGUGUAUCUAUCCACCAGGGUGACCACUGGGUGGAGAGUUUUCAAUGGUGUGCAAUAGCUGUGGUAGAAUCUAUUGAAAGCUCCCUUUUCAUGGUUUAUAUUCUUUAUUUUUUUUCUCCUUUUCUUUUUCCAUUGAUAAUCAGAGGGUUUGUUGUGAUCUUUUAGUAGAUGGGGUAUGUGUUAACAGAGCAUCUCCUUAAUGGUAGAAAUCACUAGGGUGUGUCUAUAGGACUCAAUUGUGAUUGUAUUUGGAAUCUGGAUUAUAUGUAUAGAAGCAAUGGAAUUACUGUUGAAACAUUGUUGGCAACAAUGCCUCUUGCCC